CAUCGUGCUUGUCAACACUUAAUUUGUCCGCGACAGGAGGUGGAAAUUCAGGACGACAUCACGGACUUCACCCUGGAGUCGAUCGCGGCGGGGCUCUUCGGUGAAUACGCCACUCCAAACUUCAUGGAAGACACCAAGCGCCUCCUCCCUGCCCUUUUGACGGGACUAUUCAGCUUUCCGUACAGGUUCCCGCCGCCUCUAAAUAAACUCCCGACGUUCGCGUUCGGAAGCUCCAUGGACGCUAGACAAGAGUACAAAGACGUUGUUCGUGACUUGAUACAAAGGCGCCGCGCGGAUGUUGCCGCUGGAAUGGGCGCCAGCAACAGCGGCGGCAUUCUGGAUUCGUUCUUCGAACUCCAGAAACAGUACCAGAUGGACGCCGAAGAAGGCAGCUUUUCCUUCGACGACGACUUCAUCAUUGACAACGUAAUCACUAUUUUGUUUGCGGGGAAGGACACGACUUCGGUGACCCUCACGCGCAUGCUGCAGCUCCUCGGGACUGCUGAGGACGGCAAGGAGAUAAUGGACCAGCUCAUCGACGAGCUCAGCAAGGCCGCAACGGUUGAUGAUGGCGAACGCGAAGACGGCACCGCCGCCGGCCUGCCGGGGGCCGGAUUGUUUACAUCGUUUCCGCUGCUCAAUGCCGUAGUCCUUGAGGCCAAUCGGUUGCAUCCCUCGGUCGGCGCUGUGUUCCGCACCACUCGGAAGGACAUCAGCUACAACGGAUACCUCAUUCCUGAGGGGGAAACGAUUAGCUGGAAUCUCAACCAGGGUUCACUUGCCGAGACCCUCUACCCGGAGCCGAGGAAGUUCUGUCCGUUCCGUUUCCUGCAUGGAGGCGAAAAGAAGGAUACAGACAGCGCGGCCUCGCCUGGUGCGGGUGCCAGGUCCACAGGGCAGCCGAUCCCUCCGAUGUGGGGCUUCGGGAAGCACAUGUGCCCCGGCCGAGAGCUAGCGAAACUCGAGAUGGUGCUGUUCAUGAAGACAUUCCUGCCCAAGUUCGACUUUGAGGUCGUGGAGGGGCAGAGCUUCAGUGGCUCCCUGCCCGCUAACGGGCCGAAGGACAAGCUGCGGGUCAUCCUCAAGGCGAAGGCUCCUGCUGCCGUGGCUUAAGCAGCCGAAGCAGCCGGUACCAAGCCCUGCCUACGCGAUUGUGGUUGGUUCGACAGCUGUUGUGGAUAUCUUUGCCAAGAGGGUCCAAUAAGGUUUAGGAAGUUGCCUAGCUUGAUAUAUGGACAGCCUGUCGAUAUUUCAGUCUAGAAACCGGCCGGGCGGCGGAAUGCUCUUGUGCCCCUGUUUCCUCCACCCUAGGCGGGGCGCAAACCGUCAAGAACAGUUGUCGUCUUGUCGUUCUUGAGAGUUUGAUGGCUGGAAUGCAUGUACAUCAAGGCUUGUAUAUUUUGUUGUCCAUGGUGUUCUUUGAAGUCAUAUGUAGCUUGUGUAUGAAUCUGUUUUUGUUGUUCCGGUGAGUGACCGUAGAACGCAGUAGUUAUGGUGUGUUAGUGACUCUUCGCAUCUACAGGCUUUUGCGCCCUCUGAUUGGUCCUGAUUGGUCGAGCAUUGUUUCGAGCGGUUUAUUCAUCUCCAGCCCUCGCUCUCUGUUCCGCAUUUCGAGAACGCAGUCACGUUCUCACCCAGAUGACGGCCGCCAGGCCAUGCGUUGGCCGUGGGUGAGGGUUGGCGUGAGGGUUGGGUUGGGUCG